CGGGGCGGAGCGAUUAAAGACAUUUCUAUUCUAUUUUUUCUUUUUUUAUGACCGCUUCUAAGGAGAAGGCCCAUGUGUUUUACAGGAUAUGUAACGCACCUUGAGGUUGCUGACCUCCGCGUAACAUAUGUCUGCUCCAAAGCCACGGCACAUAGCCACGAGGAGCAGUUUUUUAAAAGGGGAAAGAGCUGAAGGGAACCUGCGGUGUGAGCGUGGGCUACGAUGGAAAAAGUCAGUGAAGAUGCCAAGACGAACCCGGCUGCCACCGCGAACUUUUUGUCCAAGAUAUUUUUCUGGUGGCUGAAUCCUUUGUUCCGGGCGGGGUACAAACGUAGGCUGGAGGAAGAUGAUAUGUACCAAGUGCUUGCAGAGGACCGGUCGGAGAAACUGGGACAGGACCUGCAGAG